GUCUUGGUGAUACCCUAAUAUCUCCCAAGUUCUUGAUUCACUUUUCUUGUCCUAAGUCUCCAAAUUGUCCAAUUUUAUUCAACCUUAUAACUCUUCAUCUUCAUGCUUCUUCUUCUUCCUCCUCUCUUCUGCUCGAAUUUCAAUUUCAAUCCCUUCUCAAUAUCCCUCAAACGGGCCAUCGAUCGAUAGGUCACACAAACCCUAAUUCCUACAAACUCGAUCGACAACCCUAACAUGGCGCCGAAUCGAGACUCGACAUUUCUCAAAGCAUUCACGGCGAACACCAACGCCGCUCAAAAGCCCUCGAAGCUCUCAAUGGAUAGCCUCCAACGCACGAUCUCCGACAUCUCCUUCGAGCUCAUCAGCCAAGAAACCCUAAAUUCAGAAAAAUCCAAUAAUAAUAACAGCAACAACAACAGCCAACAACAACUAAACUCGUUGCCUCCGAUAUCGGAGGUCGAGGACGCCAAGUGCGAGUGCUGCGGAAUGUCGGAGGAGUGCACGCCGCAGUACGUCAAGAAAGUUCGCGAAAAGUAUUGCGGCAAGAUGGUUUGCGGCUUGUGCUCGGAGGCCGUGAAAAACGAGAUGGAGAAGAACGGCGGGAAGAUGGAGGAGGCGGUGAACGCGCACGUGACGGCGUGCGCAAAGUUUAACCGGCUCGGGCGAGCGUAUCCGGUGCUGUGCCAAGCGGAGGCAAUGCGAGAAAUUUUGAGGAAGAAUAGGGCUAAGUCCCUAAGCCCUAGGGACAAGGGCGGCACUUAUGUGCCCCCCAAGAAGGGCGGGAUUGCGAGGAGCUCAAGCUGUAUUCCGGCGAUAACUAAGGAUUUCAAAAUGCAGAAGAUGGUAUAAAGAUCGAUCAUAUAUAUACGUAUAUGUGUAUAUGUAUAUGAAUGAUCAUCUUGAUGACAAAUAAAUUACUUAAUUUGAUCAAACAUAGGUAGAAAUGGGUAGUGAAGUUUGAAUAAUUGAGUAGUUUGUUUUUGUGUUUGAUUAUAUAUAUAUAUAAAACUCAUGUUUUAGGUUUUAAGGUUGGGUUUGUGUUGUAAGAGUUGUUUGUUUUGUUGUUAAUUUUGUUUUUUGUUUUUUGUUUAUUUGUGAUGUUUCGAUGAUGUUUAGUAUAUUUAUGUAUACUUAAUUGGUUAAUAGAGAAGCAAUGACAUGGGGUUUAUUUAAUUUUUA